CAUUGUUACAUUAUACUUUAAAUUAUUAAUUUAAUUAAUAUUAUAUUUUAACACAAUAUUAUACAACUGUAGAUGUAUACGUUGAUAAUUUUUACUUGUAACUGAUCUGUUCAUCGCAAAUUAUUUAAAUACUUGAAUUUACUCCCUAACCCAUUUUUAAUUUCAAUUUUUGAAUUUUUCACUUUUAUUCUAAUUUUUAUUUCCUUCUCAUCUUAUUUCUUAUCUUAUUAUCAUAUCAAUAACUAUCUAAAAUGGUCUUACCUCACGAACCAGAAUUUCAACAAGCUUACAAUGAAUUAGUUCAUGCUUUAGAAGAUUCUACUUUAUUUACUCAACAUCCUCAAUAUAAGAAGGUUAUUCCAGUUGUCUCUAUUCCUGAAAGAAUUAUUCAAUUUAGAGUUGCUUGGGAAAAUGAUAAUGGUGAAAUCGAAGUUAACAAUGGUUUCAGAGUUCAAUUCAACUCCAACUUAGGUCCUUACAAAGGUGGUUUAAGAUUCCACCCAACCGUUAACUUAUCUAUCUUAAAAUUCUUAGGUUUUGAACAAAUCUUUAAGAAUGCCUUAACUGGUUUAUCCAUGGGUGGUGGUAAAGGUGGUUCUGAUUUCAAUCCAAAGGGUAGAUCCGAUGCUGAAAUCAGAAGAUUCUGUGUCGCUUUCAUGAGACAAUUAGCCAGAUAUAUUGGUGCUGAUACUGAUGUCCCAGCUGGUGAUAUUGGUGUUGGUGGUAGAGAAAUCGGUUUCUUAUUCGGUGCCUACAAACAAAUGCAAAACAAUUUCUCUGGUAUCUUAACUGGUAAAGGUUUAACUUGGGGUGGUUCUUUAAUUAGACCAGAAGCUACUGGUUACGGUUUAGUAUACUAUGUUGAAAAAAUGAUUGAAAAAGCUUCUAACGGUAAGGAAUCCUUCAAAGGUAAGAGAGUUGCCAUUUCCGGUUCUGGUAAUGUUGCUCAAUUCGCUGCCUUAAAGGUUAUUGAAUUAGGUGGUACUGUUGUUUCCUUAUCUGACUCCAAGGGUGCUAUUAUCAGUCAAACUGGUAUUACUGUUGAACAAAUUGCUGAAAUUGCUGAUGCUAAGAUUAAGCACAAGUCAUUAGAACAAAUUGUUGAACAAUCUGUCAAAGCUUUCUCUGGUGCUAACAGUGUUGAAUACUUAGCUGGUGUUCGUCCAUGGACUAAGGUUGGUCAAGUUGAUGUUGCUUUACCAUCAGCCACUCAAAAUGAAGUCAGUGGUGAAGAAGCUAAAGUUUUAGUUGAAGCUGGUGUUAAAUUUGUUGCUGAAGGUUCCAAUAUGGGUUCAACCAAAGAUGCCAUUGAUGUCUUUGAAGCUGCCAGACCAACUGGUGUUUGGUAUGCUCCAGGUAAAGCUGCUAACUGUGGUGGUGUUGCUGUUUCCGGUUUAGAAAUGGCUCAAAACUCUCAAAGAGUUCAAUGGACUUCUGAAGAAGUUGACACCAAAUUAAAGACUAUCAUGACUGAAUGUUUCGAAGCUUGUUAUGAAACUGCCGUUAAGUAUGCUGCUUCUAAGGAUGCUCAUGCUUUACCAUCUCUUUUAAAGGGUGCUAACAUUGCUGGUUUCAUUAAGGUUGCUGAUGCUAUGUUUGACCAAGGUGAUGUUUACUAGAUAAUCUCACCUUUACCAUAGUAAUAGUAUUAUUUAAAUCGUAAUGUCAAAUUUCAAUUCUUUCUGCUGUUUAUACUUUAUAUAGAUAUUAUUGUAUAUGUUUAAUUUAUUAUGUUCAAUAAAAUGAAUAAUUAAAUGAUUUUGC